ACCUCAACCGGCUGCUCAAUACGCUUACCCGGCGCCAAAAUUAUUUCACAAGAAAAAAAAAAAAUUAAAUCAUAAAUCUCUUCAGCUUCAUUCUCUCCUUGGAAACCCUAACCUCAAACCAAAUUCAAAGUUUGGCUCGUCAGGGGGGCUGUGAUCGCUGUUUCUUACUUUUGUUGGUUAAAUACAAAUUGGGAAGGCUAGUAUAUAAAUGAUGAUGAUAUUUGACAGGACAUCUGUAAAUGACUUCAUCUAUGUUUGUUUUGGUUGUAGUUCCGAUGAAGGAAUGCUUAUCACUUAAUAUAACUUACAUCGGGGUGGUUGUUCAGAAUGGCAUCUGUUUCUAGUCAGCCACAGUUCCGUUACACUCAACCGCCAUCUAAGGUGCUACAUUUGAGAAACUUACCGUGGGAAUGCACAGAGGAGGAAUUAAUUGAACUUGGGAAGCCAUUUGGUAAAGUUGUGAACACGAAAUGCAAUGUCGGAGCUAACCGGAAUCAGGCAUUUAUAGAAUUUGCAGAUUUAAAUCAAGCUAUUGCAAUGAUAUCAUAUUACGCCUCAUCCUCGGAGCCUGCUCAAGUGCGGGGGAAAACUGUGUACCUGCAGUAUUCUAAUAGACAGGAGAUAGUAAACAACAAAACAACAGCAGAUGUUGCUGGAAAUGUACUGUUGGUAACAAUUGAGGGUACAGAUGCACGCCUUGUCAGCAUUGAUGUCUUACACCUGGUUUUUUCAGCUUUUGGGUUUGUGCAUAAGAUUACUACUUUUGAGAAAACGGCUGGAUUUCAGGCCUUGGUUCAAUUUUCCGAUACAGAAACUGCUACCUCUGCAAAAAAUGCGCUCGAUGGAAGAAGCAUCCCUAGGUAUCUUCUUCCCGAGAAUCUGGGGCAAUGUACCCUGAGGAUCACAUAUUCUGCGCACACAGAUUUGAGUGUGAAAUUCCAGAGUCAUCGUAGCAGGGACUACACUAAUCCUUACCUUCCUGUUGCUCCAUCAGCCAUUGAUGCUAGUGGUCAGUUUAGUGUGGGCAUUGAUGGGAAAAAACUAGAACCUGAGAGCAAUGUUCUUCUUGCAUCUAUUGAGAACAUGCAGUAUGCCAUCACCUUGGAUGUAUUGCACAUGGUUUUUUCUGCUUUUGGGCCUGUUCAGAAGAUUGCCAUGUUUGAUAAGAAUGGUGGACUUCAGGCCUUGAUUCAAUAUCCUGAUGUUCAGACAGCUGUUGUUGCAAAGGAAGCCUUGGAAGGACACUGCAUUUAUGAUGGAGGGUUUUGCAAGCUUCACAUUUCAUACUCUCGUCAUACUGAUCUCAGUAUAAAGGUCAAUAAUGAUCGGAGCAGGGAUUAUACAAUUCCCAACACACCUAUGGUGAACCCUCAGCCAUCUCUUCUUGGGCAACAAUCACAUCCUAUGGUGGGCACAGCUGCUCAUCCAUACAAUGGAUCUCAGUAUCCUCCGACGCCUCAGCAGCCUGUGAUGCAGCAGCCUUCAGCAGGAUGGGGCUCAGCUGCUCCAGCAGUAGUACCUCAUUCCAUGCCGAUGAUGAAUAAUCAUUCUUACAUGCCAGCUGGAACAAUGCCACAAAUGGGCCCUGGAAUGAUGCAGAUGCCAGGCCAGGGUGGCAUGCCACCACAUGUAGGGGCUAUGCCUCCAACCAGACCUGAGAAGAUGCAAUAGCACAUCUCCUGAGAAUAUUUUGAUUGUUUUUGUGCAAUUGUGGGAUGACUAUGCCUAUCUGAAAGUGGCUGUUCAAUUUGAUUGGAAAUAUCAUUUUGACCAAAAGAAGCUUACUGGUGAAGAUCCCACAAACAGUUAUGAAGCUGAAAUGUGUCAAAUGUUGCCUUCCAAUUCUGAAGGGAGCUUAUGUAAGUGACAGGCCAAAGAUUGAGUUAUUUAAGAACUCUGUUUUGUUAAUGUGAAAAACUUGGGGAAAAAAAACUCUUGUUCUUUUUCGACCUGACUAUUAAGUUACUGCCAUUCAGGCUUGUGUCGA